UACGAACCGAAUUAUCGACAUAUCGCAAAUCUGAGAGGUUGCCCAUGCCCAUCUACGAAUACACCUGCGUUACCUGCUCCAACCGCUUCGACAAGCGCCGCUCCAUGAGCCAGAUGAACGACCCCGCAUCCUGCCCCGACUGCGGCAGCGAGUCGCGCCGCGUCUUCUCCGUAUUCGCCGCUUUCUCAUCCGACAGCAGCGGUCAGACCAGCGCCGUCGCGGGAGCAGGAGGCUGCUGCGGUGGUGGCGCCGGUGGUGCCUGCGCCUGUGCAAUGAGUGUUUAA